ACCAAACAUCCGUGAAGCAAAUAUCAAAGGCACAACCGAAUUAUAAAUUAAGUCUACAGCUGUUCUUUUGUACAUUAAUUCUCUUUUUCGCGGCCGUAAUGUCUGACGAGGAAGAAGACUAUAUGUCUGAUGCAUUUCUCAGUAAAAUACAAGAUGUGAAGCCAGGUGUCAGCAUGGUGAGGCGGGUAAAAGAGGCAAUGAAGAAGGAGACACGACAACAGGAGAUAAACAUUAGAAACCGGCAGAAGACCUUCAAGGAGCAGGAGAAGGAAAGCAGAGAGGCAGCUUUACAAAACUCCAUCAGCAAUGAGAACAAAGGAUUUGCACUUUUGAAGAAAAUGGGUUACAAAGCUGGUCAAGGCCUCGGAAAGGAGGGUGCAGGAAGGGUUGAUCCAAUUCCUCUAAAUAUCAAAACCGACAGAGGUGGCAUUGGAAUGGAAGAGAUGAAGAAAAGAAAAGCAGAGGAGGAACUUGAACAUUAUCGUCAGAAAGUACGAGCCAAGCAACAGAAUGAGACCAAAUCUCUGGAAGAUUUUAGGUCAAGAGUAAGGACAGAGAGAGAGGAGCGAAAGAUUGAAGGAGAUCUCAAAAGGAGUCAGCGAGCCUGUGAGCAGCUGGACAGUCAGAAGGGCAUCACUGCCCCCAGGGAAGACUGGUACUGGCCUAAAGCAGAGACUGAUGAGGAGGAAGAUGCGCUUAAGGAGGAGGAGGAGGAGGAGGAGGAGGAAGAGGAGAUUGUGGAAUUAACUUCCUUUGACAAACUACAAAUUUUGACAUCCUAUUUAAGAGGAAUCCAUUUUUACUGCAUAUGGUGUGGGACCACCUAUAAUGAUGAAGAGGACUUGUGCUCUAACUGUCCUGGGGAUACAGCAGCAGACCACGAUUGAAGUUACAAUUUGUGCAUUAGGUCCUAGGAAAAAAGCGGUAACAGAUGUUUGACCCUAGAAACGUUAUAUGUGGAAGUGAGUGCAGCAUUUUAUAAUGGGAAACAGGGUCGUCACACUUGGCUUUGAUAAGCAAUUGAUGCAAUUAGGUCAUCAGAAGUGGAGGAAUAUUUAUUUAUCAUGCUCAUGUGAAUCUGUUGUCUAUCUCUGGAGGCACUCUCUGUUUAUAGACCCUAACCCUAUUUUGGGGUUGCAGUCUUGAUUUUUCUUUACAUUUACAAAUCCUGUGGAAAUAUAGGGUACCUUUUAAUGUUAAUAUUUUGAAAAGAUGUGCAGAGGUUUUUUAAGACAUGUUUCAAGAGCAAUACCUGUGUUUCCAUUAAAUGUUUAAGAAUCGUA